AGAGAGAGAGAGAGAGAGAGUGAGUACCCACCCAGCCCACUCCGACUGUCCGUAUCAAACCGUCCGUGUCUCCGCGCCCCUCUCAGCCUCUGCACCGCUCCGACGGCCGCGAGCUGCUGCUGCUGCUGGGCGGAAGUGUGUCUUUUUUAUACAGCGCGCAAAUUCAACCCCCGAAACAUUUUUUUUAUUGUUAUUAAUAUCUUCGGAGUUAAAAGAGAAGAAGCGAGAGAAAGAGGAGAGACAUGGCCACGACAACCUGUACGCGAUUCACAGACGAAUACCAGCUAUACGAGGAGCUGGGGAAGGGGGCGUUUUCAAUCGUGCGCAGAUGUGUCAAGCUGUGCACAGGACAGGAGUACGCCGCCAAAAUAAUCAACACCAAAAAGUUAUCCGCGAGAGAUCAUCAGAAGCUGGAACGAGAGGCUCGGAUUUGUCGCUUGUUGAAACACCCCAACAUCGUUCGUCUUCAUGACAGUAUAUCAGAGGAGGGCUUCCACUACCUCCUGUUUGACUUGGUGACCGGAGGUGAACUGUUUGAGGACAUCGUAGCCAGAGAGUACUACAGCGAGGCCGACGCCAGUCAUUGCAUCCAGCAGAUCCUGGAGGCGGUGCUUCACUGCCAUCAAAUGGGCGUGGUGCACCGGGACCUGAAGCCAGAAAACCUGCUCCUGGCAAGCAAGUGUAAGAAUGCCGCGGUGAAGCUGGCUGACUUUGGCCUGGCCAUCGAGGUGCAGGGGGAUCAGCAGGCCUGGUUUGGAUUUGCUGGCACACCGGGGUACCUGUCCCCCGAGGUGCUCAGGAAGGAGGCAUAUGGCAAACCUGUGGACAUCUGGGCCUGUGGGGUGAUCCUCUACAUCCUGCUGGUGGGUUACCCUCCUUUCUGGGACGAGGACCAGCACAAGCUGUACCAGCAGAUCAAGGCUGGGGCUUAUGAUUUCCCCUCUCCGGAGUGGGACACAGUGACCCCAGAGGCCAAAAACCUGAUCAACCAGAUGCUGACAAUCAACCCAGCCAAGAGGAUCACUGCUCAGGAGGCCCUCAAGCACCCAUGGGUCUGCCAACGAUCCACAGUGGCGUCGAUGAUGCACAGACAGGAGACCGUGGAGUGCCUGAAGAAAUUCAACGCCAGGAGGAAACUCAAGGGGGCCAUUCUUACCACCAUGCUGGUUUCUCGAAAUUUCUCUGUGGGCAGCAGGCAGACCACCGCUCCAGCCUCGGUCACUGCGGCCGCAGCGGCGGUGGCUGCGGCCGCCGGCACCACCGCAGGGCUGGUGGAACAAGCCAAGACUUUGCUCAACAAAAAGGCAGAUGUCAAGAAACGCAAGUCCAGCUCUACUGUCCAGUACAUGCCCCAGACAAACAGCACCAAAAACAGCAUAGUCACCAGCCCCAAAGGAAACAUCCCUUCACCUGCUCUGGAACCUCAGACAACUGUCAUCCAUAACCCAGUGGACGGGACGAAGGAGUCGUCAGACAGCAGCAACACCACUGUAGAGGAUGAAGACGUGAAAGGGAAGAGCUUAGACAGCAGCUCGCUUAAGGCGCAGUCCAGCACAAGCUCCCAGCCUGAUAACUCUGUGGGCUCCUCCGCUGCUGCGCACUCUGCUGCAAAGUUUGCUGACCUGCUGGGCUCAGUCCGCAGGGGCUCAGGGCCCAUAUCGGACGGAGAAGGCAGAUCCGGCACUCCACCUCCCGCUGUCCUCUCUGCCCCCUCACCUCCACACACCCCCGUUGUCCCCAUGCAGAUGUCACGGCUCACGGACCUGGUGAGCAGCGUUCGCAGGGUGCCGGCUGCUCCUGCACCCGAGGCGGAUGCUGCGCCGGUAUCCGGCGCCAGGUCCAACCCUCCACCUGCACACACCACCUCUCCACCUCCCCCCCACCCCCCCUCCAGUCCUCCCCUGUCCUCCUCCCAGACUCGCAAACAGGAAAUCAUCAAGAUCACUGAGCAGCUGAUCGAGGCGAUUAACAACGGAGACUUUGAGGCAUAUGCUAAGAUCUGUGAUCCCGGACUGACUUCAUUUGAGCCGGAGGCUUUGGGAAACCUGGUGGAAGGAAUGGAUUUCCACAGAUUUUACUUCGAGAACCUUUUGGCAAAGAACAGCAAGCCCAUCCACACCACCAUCCUGAACCCUCACGUGCACCUGAUCGGCGAGGACGCGGCCUGCAUCGCCUACAUCCGCCUGACUCAGUACGUCGACGGUCAGGGCCGACCGCGGUCCAGUCAGUCGGAGGAGACCCGCGUGUGGCAUCGCAGAGACAGCAAGUGGCAGAACAUCCACUUCCACUGCUCAGGCGCCCCGGCAGCACCGCUGCAGUGAGGAUUGACCGCUGCAGUUCUGUCUGCCGGGAGUGCUCUGCUGGAGAGAGAGAGGAGGAGGAGGAGGAGGAGGAGGAGAAAGGGAUGAAGGAACACGUCUACUGGUCAGUUUGGUGGUGGCAUCAGAGCCUUCUGCUUGCCCCCCCCAUCACUCAGCAUGCAUCUCUGCCGCUGUCCCCCGCCGAUCUGUCACCUUCAAUAAGAAAACUUGACAAGAAACCUCCAAAUCCAAGAGCUCAGCCUCCUCCAGCUUCCUCUUCUUCUUCUUCUUCUUCUGCCUUCGAGCACACUGGCUGUUAGAUGGG